CUUGCAAUAUGUCGUACUACGCGAUCUAUCAUCAUAAUAGCGUACUAUCAUCAAUUACCGGAAGUAACUAGUAACCUAAUAAUUCGCGCCUAAAUAACCUAACCUAACCCUAAUCUAACUCGCGUUGUACGAUUACAUUGUACGAAAAUCAAAGGGUGAAUACAUUUCCGGCAUAAUUAAUGUACAAGUUAUCAAUUUCUUUGCGGAUGUUUCGAUCAAAAUAGACUAUGAGAUCAUAUAAAGUUGCAGACGCUUGAAUAUUCUAAAGUUUUUUUGACAUAUUUUGUUGCUACCGACUAUCACUGGCGAAAAUAUACGUAUAUAAGUUAUAAUACAUAUAGAUAAAUACUUUUAUGGUACAUACCUACGACACAUACAUAAAUAAGAACCAUCAGUUUGGAUUGAUUUGAUCGAAUUUACGAUCGAUGCCUCUUGAAGACACGGACGUUCAGACGCUGCAAAGUCGCCGGGCAAAUGGACAAUACUUUUGCUGCAAACGUUUUGCACAAAGUCAAUCACAUAACCACUGUUAAAUAUGAAUUUUUUUGGGGUGAUCCAGAUAAAACCGAUUAUUUCGGCAACACAUGUUUGCAUCUAGCAGCAGCAAGAGGUCAUGAAUUCUGCGUGAAAUUUCUAGUAAAAUUUGGUUGUAAUAUCUGGUCAUUGGACAUUGAUCGACACUCUGCUCGAGAACUUGCUGCAAUAAAUGGCUGCGAGAGGAUCUUGCAAUUUCUAGAUCUUGCCCAAGCCGAUCAGGAAUUGAAUAAUCGCAAGAAAAGUCGGCUGCUCCGAGAAAAGGCAGAAAAAGAUGCAGAGAAAAGACUGAAAGAAUACAUGAAGAAACAGAAGAUAGCUGAAACUAGAGCUGAAAAAGAGCAAAAGAAACUUAUAAAAGAUCGUGUUAAAUCUGAUUUCGACGCAAUGAAUGAGUUGAAUUCUCAACGCCCCGGGGUACUGACCUUUAGAGGCCGAAUGAAACCUUCGCCAACAUUCAGUGAUAUCGUUGGUACUACCACAAAAAGACACGGCAGUACAGUUUGUCGCAAAGCUUUAGCGAAGAAAGCCAUCAACGAUUUUAAAGUUGUGGAAGUUGAAGUGAAUGGAAAGAAAUCCGUUCGGAGUCUGACCGGCGUUCGACGGGAUUCCGAAGUUAUGUACGUAGGCACGUACGAUACUCAGCCUCAACACAUAGGCAGAAGAGGGAAGAUCUCCGAUGUGUGGAACACUCUGAGUAAAUCGCAGAGUACGCCCGAUCUCUUAGGUGAAAGGAUAUACGACGAGGAGGAAGAGGACAGGGAAGAAGAAAACUUGAAUGUUGCGAAGGACACCACUUUCCUUCAGGAACCAGCCAGUAUCUUCAACCGACCUGGUUUCGGUUCGGUAGCUUUCAGAAGGGCGAUAACAUCUACACUGGACAACUUGCCGGUCACGCAGAUGGACGUUCAAUUGCAGAACAGUAAUCUUUCUGCUAAUGGUUCUACAAACGGAUCAGUAAACAGUAACAAAUUCAGCCCAAAUGGAUACACCGAGGAGAUUAGUAUAGGAAGUGCCGGCAGUUUGGCACGUAGACAAAGUUUGUGGGAUGAGGAUUUGCUUUCAGAAGGUGAGGAGACGGACGAGGAAUGGACACCCUUGCAGAGAUUUUUGGUUGCCAAUAAUCUCAUGUCCAUACAGCCUAUUCUAGAAUCAGAGCAAAUCGAUUUGGAAGCUCUGAUGUUACUCACCGAAACCGACAUAGCGGCUCUCAAACUUCCGCUCGGACCCAGGCGGAAACUUACUAAUGCAAUCGCAAACCGGAAAAGAGCACUAAGCAUGCCGGAGAGCGUCAUCAAGGACAGCAGAUUGUGAAAAUAAUAUAUUACAUUAGUCAUAAAGGAUGCAUUGCUAUUGAUGGAAAAUUGUCCGUUCGUAACAAAUAUGACAAAGUACUCAUUAAUGUUUUAUGUAAGAAGUGAAAAUAGAGAGAAGAGAGAAAUAGCAACUAAUUAUAAAGCAUAAAAUUCAGAUUUUCAUAAAAGUCAAGUAAAUUGAGCAUUAAGAAUUAAAAAGAAAAGGUGAAGUUAUUAAAACCAUUUUUUUUUAAUAUUCAAUUA